AUGUUAGGCCAUUUAUCUAAUUCAAAAGAAGAUAUAAGAAAGUCAACUGGUCCACCGUCAGAUUGGUUAUUAGGUGUAGACAAAGAAUUUUGGGCUCAAGAAAGUAAUGCUCAAGAACGACAAAGAUUUGACCAAGUAUUGGAAGCAGUUCUUUCUGAACUUGAACCAAUUUGUUUAUCCGAACAAAAUUUUUGUGUUUCAUUUUUCCAAUUGGAUAUACUCAGCCCUACUACCAAAAAUACCCAAACAACCUUGGAUGAAGUAGAUGUAAAAUCAAACCAAGAAAUAUUACCAUCUUUACCAAAGACUAAAAUUGAAAAAAAAAUAAAUGAAGAAGUUAGAAAAAUGAUGGGUGACAUUUUUGCUUGUAUAGAACCAGAGUUGAUUGGAUUUAUUCAAUAUCAUGAAAGAAUGGAUAGCACUUAUUCAAUGGCUGUGUUAGUAAGACUGGGCCGUCAUGUUAUGUCUGCUAAUGAUACCGGCUCCUUUUUAAGUAUGACUUAUGGGUCUGCAUUAGUUCAUGUAAAAAGAAAUUAUGAUAAACUCAUGCACGCUCACUUAAAAUCAAUUCAAGAAGUAAGGAUUGUUAAAAAGUCUAAAUGUGGCAUACUUCCUUUUGUUGCCAACUUUGAGUAUUUUGCCAAGACAGCUGAACAAAUAUUUAAAGAAACAGAGCGUCGAACUGAUUUAGAUAAAUGGUAUCUUAAACUCUUAACUGUAAUGUUUGAAACUAUUCAUUCAAUUGCCAGUGAACAUCCUAAGACUCCCGCCGAAGUUAUCAGAAUGGAGAACUUUCACCAUUUAUAUGCAUUGCUGUCUCAAUUAAAAAUUGGUAUAUUAGAUCAAUUCAGAAAAGAUGCGAAACAAAAGUAUAGUGAGGCAUUAAGUGCUUAUGUAACACGUUAUUUUGGUAGACCGCUCGAAAAACUGAAUUUAUUCUUUGAGGGUGUUGAAGCUAAGGUUUCACAAGGUAUAAAAGAAUCAGAAGUUGGUUAUCAAGUGGCUUUCAGUAAACAAGAAUUAAGGAAAGUAACUAAAGAGUAUCAUGGACGAGAGGUGAAAAAAGGCUUAGAUCAUUUAUAUAAAAAAGUAGAAAAACACCUUAGUGAAGAAGAAAAUUUACUACAAGUGGUUUGGAGAGCUAUGCAAGAAGAAUUCAUUCAACAAUAUAAAUAUAUUGAGGACUUAAUUCAAAGGUGCUAUCCUGGUUCCAUGAUUUCAUUAGAAUUUUCCAUUGAAGAUCUAUUACAGUAUUUCUCAGAAAUUGCUAGAUCCCAUUAG